GGUGUUCAGCAAGUACUGCAACUCCAGCGAUAUCAUGGACCUGUUCUGCAUCGCCACAGGCCUGCCCCGGAACACCACCAUCUCCCUUCUGACCACAGACGACGCCAUGGUCUCCAUCGACCCUACCAUGCCUGCAAACUCAGAACGAACUCCCUACAAAGUGAGGCCGGUGGCCGUGAAACAGCUGUCUGAGCGAGAAGAGCUAACCCAGGGCGUGCUGGCCCAGGUGGCGGAGCAGCUCUCCAGAGCAUUUAAAAUCAAUGAACUGAAAGCGGAAGUUGCAAAUCACCUGGCGGUGCUGGAGAAACGGGUAGAAUUGGAAGGACUUAAAGUAGUGGAGAUCGAGAAAUGCAAGAGUGACAUUAAAAAGAUGAGGGAGGAACUGGCCGCCAGAAGCAACAGGACCAGCUGCCCCUGUAAGUACAGUUUUUUCGAUAACAACAAAAAGUUGAAACCUCGGCGCGAUGUCCCCGCUUAUCCCAAGUACUUGCUCUCUCCGGAGACCAUCGAAGCCCUGCGGAAGCCCACCUUUGACGUCUGGCUUUGGGAGCCCAACGAGAUGCUGAGCUGCUUGGAGCACAUGUACCACGACCUGGGCCUCGUCCGGGACUUCCACAUCAACCCUGUCACGCUCCGGCGGUGGCUGCUGUGUGUGCAUGACAACUACCGGGACAAUCCCUUCCACAACUUCCGGCACUGCUUCUGCGUGACGCAGAUGAUGUACAGCAUGGUCUGGCUCUGCGGCCUCCAGGAGAAACUCUCCCAAAUGGACAUCCUGGUCCUGAUGACCGCAGCCAUCUGCCACGAUCUGGACCACCCGGGAUACAACAACACGUACCAGAUCAACGCUCGCACAGAGCUGGCCGUGCGCUACAACGACAUCUCACCCCUGGAGAACCACCACUGUGCCGUGGCCUUCCAGAUCCUGGCGCAGCCCGAGUGCAACAUCUUCUCCAGCGUCCCGCCCGAAGGCUUCAGGCAGAUCCGGCAGGGAAUGAUCGCGCUGAUUCUGGCCACUGACAUGGCACGCCAUGCGGAAAUCAUGGAUUCCUUCAAAGAAAAAAUGGAGAACUUUGACUAUAGCAACGAGGAGCACAUGACCCUGCUGAAGAUGAUCUUAAUAAAAUGCUGUGACAUCUCUAAUGAGGUCCGCCCCAUGGAGGUUGCAGAGCCAUGGGUUGACUGCUUAUUAGAAGAGUAUUUUAUGCAGAGUGACCGCGAGAAGUCAGAAGGCCUCCCCGUGGCCCCGUUCAUGGACCGCGACAAAGUGACCAAAGCUACAGCCCAGAUCGGGUUCAUCAAGUUUGUCCUCAUCCCCAUGUUUGAAACAGUGGCCAAGCUCUUCCCCGUGGUCAAGGAGCUCAUGCUGCAGCCGCUCUGGGAGUCCAGGGAUCACUACGAGGAGCUGAAGCAGCUGGACGACAAGGUGACGGAGUUACAGAAAAAAACGGAGAACUUGGCCUUGGAGAAUGCUGAAAAAUCCAGAGAGAAGAGCAGAGAGGUGAAACACGGCGCCGGCCACGCUCUUCCAAACUGAUGUCCCCACGCAUCGGCAGACUACGGAAGAAACUAGCAGAGCCGUCACAGGGCCGAGAAGAGCCAACGGAGACCGAGACCUUCUGUGCAGGGAACGGGCUUGGGGAGCCCUCCCCUGGGAACCGGCUCCGGCAGACCUCCUCGGCGGCCGAGGGACGUUCCUCUCCCACCAGGCACCCAACGCCACCGGAGCACGUUUUCUACAGCCGCUUUGGUCACCAAUGCAAAGGGUGGGGAGGGAAUUCGUGACGUUGUACAGAAUUUUUAUUUUUCAAUUGUCUUCUAAAUAAUAUAUUCUUCUACA